AGAAUCAAUCAGCUGUACCAAGUUAAUUUUCCUUUCCAAUCAAAAUGGCUAUCCUAGUUGUGGCAACACUCCUCAUCAGCUUAUUUUGCAGUGAAAUAAGCCUAGUCCGGGGAGACAUUGGCACUGCAACAUCUUAUAGUCCACCAUAUAUUCCUACUAGAUGCAAUGGCAACAGACCAGAUCAAUUCCCAGCAGGGAACCUAUUCGUUGCUGUUAGCGAAGGGCUGUGGGAUAACGGGGCUGCAUGCGGAAGACGCUACAGGUUGAGAUGCCUGAGUGGCAAUAACAAGCCAUGCAAGAAUGUUGGAACCACCAUCGACGUUAGGGUGGUGGACUUUUGCCCCAGAAGGCCAUGUCCCUCUACUAUCCUCUUGUCCACUGAUGCUUUCGCAGCCAUCGCACAUUCUCCUCAUGCAAAAAUCAACAUUGAAUACAUCCAGGUUUGAUGACUUGUUCCAUGAGGCAGCUGGGUUUUGGGUACUUCUCCUUGACAAUGUGAUUUUGCAGUAUAUUCGAGAGAUGAAUGAUGGAAGAGUACUUACUUGUAGAAUUCGGUCAUGAUCAAGCUUGCCAAAGAAAAGAAUUCAGUCAUGAAGAUUUUAAUAAUUAUCAUGUGAUUAAGUCGAGUUAUAUUUACUUAGCCCAAAAGAAGAAAAUAAAUUUUUUUUUUCUAGUCAUACUCAAUACUAAAGGAUGAAACACUUUCUUACCUUGUAACAAGCUGUAAUACAUAUAUAUCUGAGGAGCUUAGUUUCAGUUUUAUGGAAGAUUUGCUUUUC